AUGAAGAUCGUCAUCAUCGGCGCUGGCAUCGCUGGAUGCGCAGCUUACCUUGAAUUACGCAAGCACCUUCCCCCUUCGGGCUCAGAGGUGGACCAUGAGAUCAUCAUCUAUGAGGCCUAUAGUACCGACUUGCAUGUAACUGCAGAAGAGAGGGAGAAGAAGCAAGAAGAGAACACCCACUCUUCGACUCUGCUCGUUGGUGGCGGUCUCGGCAUUGGCGCGAAUGGUCUCAACGUUCUACGGCGUCUAGAUGAGGAUCUUCUGAAGGAUGUCGUGCGCAGUGGAUACGCUGCUUCUACAUUUCACAUGAAGAGUAAGAAUGGGUGGUCUCUUGUGUCUAUGGAUGCCACCGGCCACACCUCUUCAAAGGAGCAACGCAUGCAUAUGGUAGCCGCCAGCCGGCAUUCAAUGUGGCAAGCCCUUCGCUCCCGAAUCCCUGACAGACACAUCAUCAACAAGCGUAUUUCCGAGGUCUUGGCUUGUCCAAAUGGCAUGAACUUGAUACAUUUUGUGGAUGGCAGUCCCUCGGUGGAGGCUGACCUGGUCAUUGGUGCGGAUGGCGUCCGAAGCACGGCCAAGCGGGCAAUUUUCCCGGAAGCUAAAGAAGACCCCUACCCGCCGAACUACGAGGGCCUUGUAGGCGUUGGAGGCUUCAUCCCAUCUGCAGAUGUCAAAGGCCUGGUCGAAAAAGGUUCCAUGAACUUCAUCUUCGGUGGAAACGGAUUUUUUGGAUACUUUUACUCAGAGAGUGCACCCUCAGAUCCUAAUCGCGAGUCACCAUAUCACGUUUCUGAACCCGGCGAUUUGCUGGCAUGGUGGUCUACGUACGAGAUCAAAGAAUGUCCGGAUCGCAAAACCCUGGACAUGGCCGACGUCACACGCCAACUGCGUGAGAGACACUCGCACUGGAAAGACCCAGUCGUCCAAAAGGUCAUUCAGUCUCUUAAAGUUGAAAGCAUGUACCCGACAUGGACCUGGGAGAUGCAGCUCAUGCGCUUCCUCCAAGCUCAGGACAAGGAUCGUCGCAAGCAUUGGAAGAUGUGGAGGCCUUUUGUGCUCCUUUUGUCGCAUUAUCUUCGCAAAAGCGAUCAAAAGGAGAAUGGGGCGACGAAGAGCACCCAGAAAGAUGUCAUCAAGCGAGCGGCUAGCCAGUAUCUGGCUUUGCGAAAGCCCCACGUCACAGAGAUCUUGAAGCAUGCUCAGCAGAAUCAGAGUAAGAAGCGUGAUAUGGGCGCAGUGCAAGAGUACUCGAUGUAUGCUAUCUUGAAAAUCAUCGGCCUCUUUCCGAGUCUCAUGGGUGGUCAACUCCAGAAAGUGAUAAACUACAACAUCGCCGAGGAAGUGGCCCGAAUCAUUGCUUCGGAUCUUUGA